AUGGCCCCAGAGACCGUAUCUGGCAUUGUUGGCCGACGCUGCGACAUUUGGAGUGUUGGUUGCGUUCUAAUCGAAAUGCUCACAGCAAAUCACCCUUGGGCUGCCCAUCCAAAGGCAAGCUCCUGGUCCAUCGCAGAGGCUCUGCAGUAUAUUUUGGCGUCGAAUGAGAUUCCGCCAUUGCCUGCCGUGACUGGAGACAAUACUGGUGCUGAGGAAAAAUUGGAAAGCUUCUUGAUGCAAUGUUUGAAAAGGGAGCAUAAGGAACGACCAUACGCGGAUGAACUUCUGCGGCAUCCGUUUUUAUCGUCGUCGUGAACGUGAUGAAAAGGAAGCGGGCAGGACGACACUAAUCAAAAAGAUUGAAGAUGUUGAAUAUUUAUCUUGUGGUCGUGUAAUUUACAGAUUGCUUUUUCAUUUUCUUCGGCAGCUGUAGCAUAUAAUUGGGAUUCGUUUAUUUGGGAAUGAUGUGACGCAGCUGGACGAAAUGUUGAUGGAGCGACGCGUUGAUCACCUUGGCAGCCCAUGCUCC